AUGCAUCGCACCAGUACCAGCACUGAGGCGUUGCCAGACACAGCGGUGGCGGUCACCCAAAAGCCGGCAACAUGGAGAAACAUGCCCAAUAAAUGGCAACUCAUCGUCAUAGCAGCUGCUCGCAUCACCGAACUCCUAAGCGAGCGCUCGCAAGCGACGUACAUGUUCUAUCAGCUACAGUCGUUUGCACCUCCAGGCGAAGUUUCGGACAGUCAAGCCGUGUCUCAGGCAGGUGUCUUGAUGGCAUCGUGGGCUGCAGCACAAUCCAUCGUGGCUGUCUGGUGGGGUCGAGCUGCCAAUUCGCCUCGACUUGGUCGGAAAGGCGUCCUCCUCAUCGGCCUCGCUGGAACGGCUGUUUCUGGCCUGGGCAGUGGCUUUGCACAAUCUUUCAAUCAGCUUCUCUUACUCAAGGUUAUCGCUGGUGGAUUGAAUACCAACCUGGGAAUCAUGAGGACUAUGAUUGGUGAAACAACCGAACCUCGAUUUGAGAGCAAAGCUUUUCUAUUAUUACCUAUGUGCCUUAACAUUGGAGAUGUUUUAGGACCUUUGUUGGGUGGUUUUCUAGCCGACCCUUCCGUCUCAGACAGUAGCGAAGCGACUACCUCGAACGAUUCCAGCAACAACAGCGACUCUAGUUGGAUGUCUAGAUUUCCAUUUGCGUUACCGAACUUCAUAUGUGCGCUGGUCAUCUUGAUAUCUGCGCUCAUGGUUGCUUUUGGACUAGACGAAACCCACCCAUCUUUGACGCGCAAUGGACGGGAUCGAUGUCGGGAAAUGGGCCGCUGGAUAUUCAAAAAGCUAUGGACUAGCGGCGUCGGAAGAGGACGAUAUGAACGACUUGCAAGAGGAGACGAUGAGGAACUUGCUUCUAUAUCGAUGCUUCCCGAACCCUACCCAUCAUCGGGCGAGGGCAACCCUGGUCGGGUCUCGUUGGACUCAACAAGCAGUUCAACGGUAACAGUUGUUACACAACCGACAUCGCAAUUUCAAAAUAACACCAUCUUGCCUAGAGUGAUGACCUGGAGAGUUGGCCUUACACUCUUGACACAUUUCACCUUGAUGCUGCAUCUCUCUGCAUUCAAUACGAUCACCCCCUCUUUCCUCUCUACACAACGAGCUGGGACAACCCAAAACUAUUUGAACCUGCAUCUUGCAGGUGGUCUUGGCCUCUCUUUAUACCAAGUCGGUCUUGCAGUUGCUGUCCUUGGAUUGAUUGGCUUGUCAUUUCAAUUACUCGUCUAUCCGAUUAUCACUUCAAAGAUAAGUUCGUACAUGAGUUACAGAAUGUUCCUUCCCUUCUCUGCACUCGCAUAUUUCUUCCUACCUUUCAUCGUACUAUUGCGAAAAGACUCGUGGGUGCUGUGGCCGGUCUUACUCUUGCUUUUUGGGUUUCAGGCCGUAUCCCGCACCUUUGCGCAACCGGGCAUGAUCAUACUCAUUAACAGCUGCGGCUCACAUCCUCAUCUACGCAGCACCAUCCAUGGUAUGGGUCUUUCUGUCGGUUCGCUGGCAAGAAUACUAGGUCCCAUUGGUAGUGGCUGGGCAUUAAGAAUUGGGUUAGAGAGAAAUAUGGUGGGUGGGAUUUGGUGGUGUAUGGCAUUUGCUGUUGCUGUGAACUGGAUUUUGCUCUUAACUUUGCGAUUAUUUGAUCUGUCUCAUAAGAAAUCAGGCGCAAAUUAA